AUGAGCAGUGGAUCCGACAGAGCUGAUGAACGGGUGACAAAAGAUGCUUGGAUGAUACAGCUGAUGACGCAGCAUGUCGGUCGGGCUGACAUGAAUAAACUGAUCAUGAAUUAUCUCGUCACAGAAGGCUUUAAAGAAGCAGCUGAGAAAUUUAGUGCAGAGUCAGGUGUUGAACCUUCAGUGAAUCUGGAUAGCCUGGAUGAUCGCAUCCGCAUCCGGCAAGCGAUCCUGGAAGGAAGAGCCACAGAUGCCAUUGCUAUUAUCAACUCCUUGUACCCAGAGCUACUAGACAAUGAUAGAUAUUUAUACUUCAGAUUACAGCAACAACAUUUGAUAGAGUUAAUAAAAAACAAGGAAUUGGAAGCUGCUUUGGAUUAUGCUCAGUCAAAACUCUCUGAAAGAGUGGAAGAAAACCCUAAUGUACUUCCUGAACUGGAAAAGACACUUGCUCUCCUUGCAUUUGAAAAUCCAGAGGCGUCACCUUUUGGUGAGCUGCUUCAUCCAUCUCAGAGGCAAAAGGUGGCCAGUGAAGUCAAUGCAGCCAUAUUAGAAAAUGACUCGACACCAAGGCUGGCCAAUCUCCUCAAGUUGCUGCUGUGGGCACAGGAAGAACUGGACAAAAGAAAGGUACCAUUUCCUCAUAUGACAAACAUUGCUGAGGGCACGAUUGAGGAUCCCUAG